CAAUAUCAAUUUAAAGUAAACCUUCACCUUUCAGAUAUAAACACGCUUAACCUGCAGACAUCGAUACAAAAGGAUUUAAAAGGCAGAGAAAAGAAAGAAAAGUGCAAAGAUGUUUACUUGCAUAAAUUGUACGAAAAUGGCAGACGGGGGUGAUGAAGAAGAAGAUGGAGCGCGUGGGAGCACAACUCCCAACACUAAAGAAGCUGUUAAAAGCCUAACUACACAGAUCAAAGAUAUGGCGUCUAAAUUCUCCGGUUCUCAUAAACAAUCCAAGCCAACGGCUGGCUCGUCAAGCAGCACGUUGAGGAAAGAACAGAGAAAGUUUCCGGAUUUCGACACUGCAUCGGAGAGUGUUCCAUACCCUUAUAUGGGUGGUGGAAGCACGAGUUCCACACCUGCUUGGGACUUCACAAGCUCGUCUCACCAUCAAGCUGGACGAGCAGACUCAAGAUUCACAUCAAUGUAUGGUGGUGAACGCGAAUCUGUCUCUGCUCAGUCGUGUGAUGUGGUACUAGAGGAUGACGAGCCAAAGGAGUGGAUGGCUCAGGUAGAGCCUGGUGUUCAUAUCACAUUCGUCUCACUUCCCAAUGGAGGAAAUGAUCUUAAACGGAUACGUUUCAGCCGGGAGGUAUUCGACAAGUGGCAGGCUCAGAGGUGGUGGGGUGAGAACUACGACAGAAUUGUUGAGCUUUACAAUGUUCAGAGAUUCAAUCGGCAAGCCCUUCAAACCCCUGGUAGAUCAGAGGACCAGUCACAGAGAGAUUCAACAUACACAAGAAUCGAAUCAGCAAGAGAAAGCAGAGACUGGACCCCGAGGAACAACUUCAGACCUCCAGGAGGUAGCGUCCCACAUCACUUCUAUGGACCUCAAAUGGACGCAGCAAGAACCACCACAUCGUCUAGAGACGAACCGCCAUCUGUCAGCAAUGCGAGUGAAAUGCAAGCAGAGUGGGUCGAAGAAGACGAGCCUGGAGUUUACAUUACCAUCAGACAGCUACCAGACGGAACCAGAGAAUUACGCCGCGUUAGAUUCAGUCGGGAACGGUUUGGGGAAGUGCAUGCCAAGACAUGGUGGGAGCAGAACAGAGACAGGAUACAAACACAAUACCUCUAA